AUGUCAUAUCCUCCGCCUCCAGGUUCAGGUUACAACCCUUCACCGCCCUCGUCACUUCCUGCGCGGCCCCCACCGUCCGCGGUCAGUCCUGCGCCAGUCUUCAAACCGGCCACAAGCACGACGAGUAAACCUGCCUUCACGGCCUUUGCACCACGAUCGGUAGCUGCGGCGAACACCUAUCGCUCAAGCAGCCCAGCUCAGUACUCGGCCGCUCCCAUCACAUCAUAUGCGCCAGCCCCUCAAUAUCAGCAACAAGCACAAUAUGACCCUUCGUACCCUGCCUCUCCUCAAAUCCGCAACCCUUUCGUCCCUCCCUCCGACAGCUCUUCAGCCCCAGGUGCUUUCCCGCCCGGCUAUGACCCGGAGUACGAGGCUCAAGUUCAGCAAUGGCAAAGUGCCUACUUGAACAAAGAUAGCGGUGGAACAUUCACGUCUGUACCAAAACCAGCAGGUGCACAGAACCUACCAACCAAAACCGACACCACUGCCAAAAAAGAAGAGACACCGAAAACUGUCCAGCGUGCAGGAGGAGGGACGACGUGGACUGACUCAACUCUGCUAGAGUGGGAUCCUGCGCAUUUCCGCAUUUUCGUCGGCAAUCUUGCUGGUGAGGUUACAGACGAAUCGCUGCUCAAAGCCUUCUCUCAAUAUCCCUCCGUGCAGAAGGCGCGAGUGAUUCGUGACAAGAGAACCACAAAAUCCAAGGGCUUCGGCUUCGUCAGCUUUGCCGAUGGAGAUGAUUACUUUCGUGCUGCAAGAGACAUGAACGGCAAAUACGUCGGAAGUCAUCCAAUCGUGGUGAAGAAAGCCGUUACGGACGUGCGGCCUACGACGCAGAAGCAACACAAGGGCAAGGGGGCGGGCGGACAUGGCAAGGUGCAGCAUGGUGGAGUGAGCAAGAAGCAGCCCAAGACGAAAGGAGGCUUGAAGGUUUUGGGUUGA